CAGGAAGAGAAUUUAAUACAAUGAUCACCAAGCUGGCACUUAUAAAAAGAAAAUUCGAAAUAAAGUUACUGAAAAAACCAUUGCGAAUCAACACAUCAGAUCAUCAGUUUGGGAUAGUCAGUCUUAAAAAAAUGUAUUCCGAUAAGUCUGAGGGUUCGAGAGGUUCAGAAUACGCACAGUUUUCAGCUAUCAGCAGUUCAAUUGAUUCAAAACAGAGCAUUGCGAUAUACACGGUCAUUUCCAAUUCAACUUCAACUACAUAUGAUAAAAUUUCAGAGGGCUUUUAUGACAGACAGACUGGUAAAUUCAUAACACCAAAAUCGGGCCGACAGGGGAAACUUCCUAGAAUUAAAGAUGAUAAUCCUGAUCAUGUAGAACAGAAAAACUCCAACAGUAACAAGGAACAUACUAGAGACUCAAAACGUCCAUGUAUUAUUGUCAUCCUGUCAGUUUUUGCCGUUGUUAUCUCGACUACCGUUGCAACUAUUGCGGUCCUGUACCUUCAAGGACAAGAUUCCCCCAACGAUGACGGAAAUAUGUUGCGCCUUAACCGAAGCUAUCUAAGAAAAAAUAAUGGAACCGAAAUCUUCAGUGACUGCAAAGAUCUAAAGCUGUUUGGAAACGAUAGUGAUGGGCUUUACACUGUAUACCCCGACCCACUUACAGAGACGCCAGUCGUCGUGUACUGUGAUAUGACAACGGACGGUGGAGGAUGGACGGUGUUCCAACACAGACGAGACGGGUCUGUUAAUUUCUAUCGUCAAUGGGACAGUUACAAGAAUGGCUUUGGAGAGGCAUCAGGAGAGCAUUGGAUUGGUAACGACAAUCUUCACAAGCUAACUACUUUAGGAACCACCGAGUUGUAUGUCCGUCUAGAGGCAUUCAGUGGAGACUGGUAUUACGCCAAAUACGGCGACUUUAAAGUGGCUGAUGAAUCUGAUGGCUACAAUCUGAGUCUUAAAGCCGGGUCGUAUGAGGGAAAUGCUGGCGACGGCAUGGACAAUCAUGGAAGUACAGAUCCAAGUGGCAUGCAAUUCAGCACCAUAGACAUUGAUAACGAUAACGCUCCCGCGCGGUGUACUUUUGCUCGCCAGGGGGCGUGGUGGUAUAACCAAUGUACGCUGACAAACCUGAAUGGGAUUUAUGGGAACGGAGACUGUUUGACAGCUGAACAAUGUAACUUUUGGUAUCUGAUAAGUUCAAGCUAUGUCGGUGUGAAAACCUCCUAUAUUAUGGUUCGGCGUUUAGAAAAUCAAUUUUAUUGUGCAAAGUGUCCGUCCAGUAAAUGACACGAUGCGAGUACCAUUUUGUUAAUUAUGUAACGACAGCCUACAUAAUAGUCAGCAAUAUUUUUUUCACAACUCUUACAGAUAUGUUAGCUUUAAAUCAAUUGAAAACAAUAUAUACAUGUAUCAUUUCAUUGUAUUGUUACUUAUGUAUUUAUACUUUUUCCCUUGCACCAAUACCCAUACUUACAUAUUAAUGUUAUUUAUCUUGUAAGUCCAGUAAAUGAUCUGAUGUUUGUACUGUGUCGUCAUGAAUCUGAUGGUUUAGGAAUAGUCUUGAAUUAUUGUUAAAAUAUAUUUUUUAUGAGUUGAUUUUAAUCAACUCUCCUCGGACAAAGCGAAAGUGAAACAGUGUUUGGACCUAAGCACAAAUCAAUACCGCUGACAACACUUAGUUCUUGAAAAUAAUCAAUAAAUUCGAUGCUAUGUAUUCUGAAGCAUUGUUAUUCAAGAAAACUUACUUAUUAAUACCAUUAAAAAAUAAGAUUUUAAAUUGUACAAACAGUUUAGAUAUUUUUUAAAGUCGUAUGUAUUCUUAAGCUUGAGUUUAAUGUAGUCCCGUUCAACCAGACGCUUGGCUGUCACCGUUAGUAUCUGACAAAACAGAGUCUCUCUUGCUUGUCGGAGAUAAACGGAGACAGCUGAGUGUUUGGUUGAACAAGAUAAGACUUCAGUAUUGCCUGGAUCCAUACAAUUUCUCAGAAAUAUUUCGAUUACUGAUACUACUUGUCAUGCAAAAUCACAUAUCGUUGAUUUUGAAUAAAUGAUAAUCGAUAAAAUCAACUCCCGUCAGUACUUCAGUAUUUUGAUUAAACUUGCAACCUAUUUUUUUUUUAUUAUAUUAUAAAAAAAAAUAUGUAUUAUUUUCAUUGUAUUGGUAUCUAUUCUAUUUUCAUGUAUAAAUUAAUGUAAUAUGAUCAUCUAUGAUGAAUUAAGUAUUUCUAUUUAUAUUUUAUUGUGUAUUACAUCAGACAUGCAAUUCUAGUUAAAAUGCCUCUCCCCAUGUUCAGUUAUUUGUUGUUUACCUGUCAAAAACCUGUUAUACACAUGAUUUACGAAAAUACUAAUGUUUACAUGUUCUGAAUUAUCGUUCGUGUUUUGACACUACCCCCGUACUUUGUUUACAUUUUUACGGGAUCAAUUUAUUUGCUUUGACACGUAAUUAGAUCAAGUAAAUGUAUGACAACUGUUUUAAACAUGUUUAUACAUGUGUAUUUACCACAUUAAUCACCCUGUUCAGUUUCAUGCCAUUUUAAUGCUCUUUCUGCGAGAUUAUCGUCAUUUCACCGCUCACAAAUUUCUCUGUACAGAACAUGCUGUGUGACGGACCGCUUCACUCAUCGAAAUGAAAACGUAUUAUUCUUACAAAGAUUUUGUGUUAUGAACAUUUCUGUAUGCUUUAUUAUAUCAUGUAUUAUUGUAUUAAAAUGCUGACCACUAUU